AUGGCUUCUGUUUCACCGCUGAAAUCUUCAGUUAUAAUAGCUGAUCCGACGAUGCCGUACAUAGAAAUGCUUCCAGAAGGACUUUAUUGUGGUCUGAGUAUAGUUAUCAAAGGAAUUGUAUUGAAUGAUUCAAAUCAGAAGCGUUUUGUUGUAGAAUUAUGCUGCGGUAUGCUCAUUAAUGGCGAUCAUCGAGACAACAAGGCAUUACAUUUUAAUCCACGUUUUGAUUCUUGCAGUUUAUGGUUUAUUGGUCGUGCUGAUCGACAAAUUGUGUUAAAUUCCCUAAUUGGUAAUAAGUGGGGUAUGGAGGAACGGGUUGCAAAUACGUUCAAAGAAGGAUGUCCAUUCUCAUUGCGCAUAUCCGUUCUUAAUAAUUAUUUUCAUAUUUCUCUAGAUGGUCAACAUUUGUGUAACUAUUUGCAUCGAAUACCAAUAACAGAAAUAAAGACGAUUCACAUAGCAGGAAACGUACGUAUAAGUACUAUUGAAUAUGAAGGACCAAAUAUUUUUGAAGUCCGAGAACAAGGGAAUUCCGACGGUGCUAACAAGUUUUCAAUCAAUGAUAUCAUUCGGAAACCUAAAGUACCAUUCGAAUUGCUGUUUACAGACAGUUUAUUGAACGUUCAGCUGUUGAUUACCGCAACUCCACUUAUGAAUGCUGAAUGUUUUGCGAUUGAUUUGCUGACUUCAGUGGAACACUUUUUUCACUUACGAGUUGAUUUUUCUGUAGGAAACAAGAAAGAGGCAGUAGUACGCAAUAGUACGAAAGGCAAACAAUGGCAAAAGGAAGAACGUGAAAUGUACUAUUUUCCUUUCAUGCGAGGAAUUACUUUCGACAUGAAAUUUAAUUUUAGUGAAAAAUAUCUUGCGGUAGUGAUAAACAGCAGUCACUUUACUAAUUUCAACUACCGGGAAUUCAGUAAACUGGUUGAAGUGGAAAGAAUCGCUGUGAGGGGAGAUCUCAGUCUGCAAAAAAUUGAGCUUCGCUAA